CUUCCUUAGAGGAAACACAAGCGGCUUAACUCCGGACUUCCUGUUUAGUACUCGGCUGAGAACUGGUCGAAAGGGAUGAGGUCCUUGGAAAACAUUAAAACUGCCUAAUGAAACGGGAAUAAAGGUUCAUUCAAAAUGAGCUGGAUUCCCUUCAAGAUUGGACAGCCAAAGAAGCAGAUUGUCUCUAAAACUGUUGAAAGAGACUUUGAGCGAGAAUAUGACAAACUCCAAAAACUUGAGGAUCAGACGAAAAAGCUCCACAAGGAUAUGAAGAAAAGCACUGAGGCUGAUUUAGCCAUGUCCAAAGCAGCAGUGAAGAUCUCUGCUGAUUUGCUGAGCAACCCACUGUGUGAGCAGGACCAGGCCUUCUUAGAGUCCAUGGCUGCUCUAGAUACAGCCAUGAGAAGGAUGGACGCCUUCAACCAGGAGAAGGUUAACCAGAUCCAGAAAACUGUAAUCGACCCUCUGAAAAAGUACAGUGGUGUCUUCCCCAGCCUCAACAUGGCAGUGAAACGCCGGGAACAGGCGCUGCAGGACUAUAAACGGUUGCAGUCCAAAGUGGAGAAGUAUGAAGAGAAAGAAAAAACCGGUCCCAUUAUGGUCAAACUACAUCAGGCGAGAGAAGAGCUCCGACCGGUCAGGGAAGACUUUGAGGCCAAGAACAAGCAACUGCUGGAUGAGAUGCCCAAGUUCUACCACAGCCGUAUCGACUACUUCCAUCCCAGUUUUGAGGCUCUCAUCCGAGCACAGGUGGUCUAUUUCACCGAAAUGUACAAGAUCUUCAACGAGUUAACAGACCAGAUCGACCAAGCAGGGUUGACCGAUGAGCAGAGGGAGAGGGAGACCGAGGCCAAGCUCAGUGAGUUGCGCGCCCUGUCCAUUGUCGCUGACGACUGAGGGAGGAAAGUUGAAAACCGGGAAGGGCUCCUUUCAUGCCCCUCUGAAUGGGUUGCACUCUUUUCACUGUACUCUGCACAGCUUAGACAGACAGCAAUGGUCUUAACCUGAUUAUCAGUUUUUCUUGUGACCACAUCACGCCCCUCCCAUUUCUCUUGCACUACACUUCCAGCCUUUAUUCUCUUUGUAAAGACACAAACUCUAAGCAACUGAAAUGCCACAUUAACUAAGCCAUCAGCUGAGUGUAGCAUUAUAAGCAAAUAUGUUUGUUUUUUUUUUAGUAAAGGAAUGAAGCAGCUCUCGUCAGAACAAAUUAUCAGGCUUACACUUCUUGGUUUAAGAGAUGCAUUUGUUUCUAAUGUAGGAAAUGAGCAAAGAAAUCUUUUUAUUAGUCACCAAUCCUAUGUUUCCAAUAAACUGUGAAACAGUUGUUAAAUAA